GGCGGGCGGUGACAACAACUCUAAGCAUAGAUUGAGGAUUAAUGGUGUAACAAAAGAGCAUAUUAUAUGAAGAGAGACGCAAUAUCGAGUGAUUUUCGAGAGCAAAAGGGGUCUUCACAACGUUGUAUGUUUGCUUAUUUGACUGUCAAACCAACCAACUGAAUGUAAAUUUUCGUUGUAUUUGGACAUUAGUUCUGGGGACACUUGAAAAGGGAAGCUGUUGAUCGGAAUUUUGCAUCAUGACAAAUGAAGAGGCAAAGGUGAUCCCGGUUCGAGUGGCCCUGCGGUGUCGCCCCUUAGUACCAAAAGAAAUCAACGAGGGAUGUCAGUGCUGCCUCACCUUUGUUCCAGGAGAGCCACAGGUCAUUGUUGGCACAGAGAAGGCAUUCACCUAUGAUUAUGUGUUUGAUCCCACUGCUGAACAAGAGGAGGUCUUCAGCACAGCUGUGUCCCCCCUCCUCUGUGGGCUGUUCAAAGGCUACCAUGCAACGGUUUUUGCAUACGGACAGACUGGAUCCGGAAAGACCUUUUCAAUGGGAGGAACAUUCACCUCAGCUCAGGAAAACGACCCUUCAGUCGGAGUGAUUCCCAGAGUUAUCAAAAAAAUCUUUGAAGAGAGUGAGAAGCGAACGGACUGUGAAUUCUCUCUUUCCGUCUCUUAUCUGGAGAUUUAUAAUGAAGAAAUAUUGGAUCUACUAUGUCCAUCGAAAGAUAAACCUGCCAUCAGCAUUCGAGAAGACCCUAAAGAUGGCAUAAAAAUUGUCGGGUUAACUGAGAGGAGGGUGUCUUCCGACCAAGAGAUGGUGAGCUGCCUGGAACUUGGAAACUCUGCUCGCACUGUAGGCUCCACGGCCAUGAACGCUGCCUCCUCACGUUCUCAUGCCAUCUUCACCAUCACCCUGGAGCAGCGCAGGGGCACAAACAAGGUGGAUUCGGUUGUUUCAAAGCUGCACCUUGUGGAUCUCGCUGGAUCUGAGAGACAAAAGAAAACCAAGGCGGAAGGGGAUCGUUUAAAAGAAGGCAUCAGCAUCAAUCGAGGCCUUUUAUGUCUGGGUAAUGUGAUCAGCGCCCUGGGAGAUGAAAGCAAGAAACACACAUUUGUUCCAUACAGAGACUCUAAGCUCACCCGUCUGCUCCAAGAUUCUUUGGGAGGCAAUAGCCACACCCUAAUGAUCGCCUGCAUCAGCCCCGCUGACUCAAACAUGGAGGAAACCAUCAACACGCUGCGAUACGCUGACAGAGCGCGAAAGAUUAAAAACAAACCUAUCGUUAACGUUGACCCCAGAGCUGCGGAAAUGAACCGACUAAAACAGCAGGUUCAGGAGCUGCAGGUGAUGCUGCUGCAUGCACGGGGAGGAGUGGCUCCUGCUCUUUCUGGGUCGGAGUCGGCAGAGAACGUGACGAAGCUGCUGGAAAGGAAUCGAGCUCUGAAGGAUGAGAACAGAAAACUGAGCAGAGAGCUGGGGGAGGCGGCUGGACAGACAGCUCUCAUGUUUGAGAAGAUCAUCAUGACUGAACAAGCAAACGAGAAACUGCAAAGCAAACUGGAACAGCUGCAGCACCAUGCAGCAUGCACUGUUGAUCUUGAGAAGUUGCUGGAGACACUGGAAGACCAGGAGCUGAAGGAGAACAUAGAAGUUAUGAAGAACCUGCAAGACAUCAUCUUAGAGCUGAAGAACGAGAGUGCGGACAUUGCUGCCUCCAUCGACGCCAUGGCUGCAGGGGAGGAGGCAGCUGAGGGGUGCGGGAGCGCCGAUAAAAGUGCAGAAGAUGAGUCCCCGUCGGACGGCGCUGCCAAAAAGGGGUCCCCGGAGGCCUUCACGGCCCAUCAUGCACUGCGGCAAGCUCAGCUCUCCAAAGAACUGAUCGAGCUGAACAAAGUGCUAAGUCUAAAGGAAGCCUUCAUGAGGAAGAUGUGUGAGAAUGACAGUCAGAUGGAUACGGUGCAGUCAGAGCACCAGGGGUUCGUCAGCCUUUCUCUCUGCGAGGCGACAGGCCGCAUUUUUAAACUUUCUGAAAAUGUCGUCCAACAGAGGAACGUCCACACUCUGCAGUCUGCAGUGGAUUCUUUGCAGAAGGAGAAAGAGGACCUGAUUCUGGCGCUUCAGUCUGCAAAGAAAGACACCAACCAGGCAAACGAGCAGCGCAGGAAGAGGCUGCAGGAGCUGGAGGCGCAGCUGGGGGACAUGAAGAGGAAACUUCUUGACCAGUCAAAACUGCUGAAAGUCAAAGAAUCGUCAAUGCAGAAAGUCAGCAAGCUCAUGCAGGAGAUACAGGCGAUGAAGACUCAGCGGACGCAGCUGAUGAGGCAGAUGAGGGAUGAUUCCGAGAAGUUCAGACAGUGGAAGAGCAAGAAAGACCGGGAAGUCCUGCAGCUGAAGGAGAAGGAUCGUAAAAGACAGUACGAGCUGCUUAAGCUGGAGAGGGAUUUCCAGAAGCAGGCCAACGUGCUGCGCCGCAAAACUGAAGAGGCAGCAGCUGCAAACAAGAGGCUGAAAGAUGCCCUGCAGAGGAGAAAUGAGGUGGCAGAGAAACGCAAAGACGUCCACAACAGGGGCACCGAGGGGGUUGCUGCACGAGUUAAGACGUGGCUUCUCAAUGAAGUGGAAGUGAUGGCCAGCACAGAGGAGGCCCGGCGCCACCUCAACGACCUGCUGGAGGACAGAAAGGUCUUGGCCCAGGAGAUCAACCACCUGAAGCAGCAGAUAGAGGCCGGGGACAGGCCCGCGCCCAAAAUUAGGCGCCGGACUCUGAUCAUCUCUGAGCUGGAGACCCAGGGGGCCUUGGAAACGCCUCUGGCCAAACAAGUGGAAAACCUGGAGACAGAAAUGGCCCUCAGGAAUGCCCAAAUAGCUGACCUGCAGCAGAAAGUGCUGGUGGCGGACGGCGAGGGCCGUUUAAAGCAACGCAUAGACGGAAUCACCAGCAUCGUGGACGCCAAGUGCGCGCUCAGGGUUCUGAUGACGGAGCUGAUGUCGGCCAAAACGGCGUCCUCCAAGCUGGAGAGCGAGAUGAAGCAGGAGAAGGCCAACGCGCAGGACUUGAGGAAGAUGCUGGCCGACGAGAGGAACGUCAUGUCCACCAUGGACAUGGAGCACCAGCAGCAGCUGGUGGAGCUGGAGCAGGGCCACCAAGAGAAGGUCCAUUACCUGCUGAACCAGCUGCAAAACAAGCCCAUCUUCGAAGAGUCGGAGGAGAAGAAGCAGAGAGAGGAGGCCAGCUCCAAGGAGAGGGAGCUGCUCCAGCGGCUCCGACUUCAGGAGGAGGAGCUGGAAAAGCUCCGAGCACUGAGUGAGCAGAAUCAGAAACUAGUGGAGGUGUACAGACAAAAACUGUCAUUGCUCCACAUGGCGAGUGGGAAGAAAGUCCUCCUGCCGACCAUUAGCAACGACAGGAGCCCGGACGACUCUUUUGAAUACGUUCCUCCAAAACCCAAACCCAAGCGCCUCACCACCGCCAAAGCAGCGGUGAGCACGGCCAUCAACGUGGCAGAGCUGAUGUCGCCCAGCGAGGACGAGAACGAGGAGGAAGAAGACGAGUGGCGACCCGAGAAGCCCGAGAAGGCGCGCCGACCCUCCAGGAGACCCAAACCGACGGGGUGUGCCUGCAAAGGUCGCUGCAGCAACAAGCAGUGCCGCUGCCGCAAAGGGAAGACGACGUGCGGGGAGAACUGCCAGUGCGACCACGAGAAAUGUCGAAACAUGGACAGCCAGGCGCCUGCUGAAGUACGGCUCCCUGACCCCGUUUCCCGGGGACACAGUGACGACAGUCAAACCGACAGCCUCUCCAGAGACUCCGCCUCUCUGCAGGAAAUGGCCACCGACAGCCCCGAGAACACCACCUUCUUCAAGCCUCCCUCCUGCACACCCACAAAGAAGGUGCUGAAGGAAAUCGGAGACAUCGGCCACACCUCUGCAGACCUGAAGUUGGUCGGAAGAUCAAUCUUUGGAGAAAAAGCCGAGGACGAGGAGGAAAAACAGGAGGACCAACAGUCAGUCAGCUUCCUGCAUAAGAAGAAACGGAUCCUGACCAGUUUUCAGAACAGCUUCUUCUCCGGCUGCACUCCGAUUAGAGAGGAACCCUAACUUAGACGUCAGUGUGUUGUCAUUUCCAUGUUUGUGUGUCGUUUUUAAUGUGGCGUAACUCUUGUGUACUGAAUCGGAAAAGUAGUCCGGAACAAGUCCCUGUUUUGUAGACGGUGGCAAAAGGACUGUGAAUAGCUCGAAACGUACUGAAACUCAAAAUGAGAUGAUCAGGAGGCCUGUACAUAACUUUUAAUGUGUCAUUAGAGUUUCACUGCUUUUAGCACCAGAGCUGAAUAAAGUCUUAGAGGCAAAUCUUAUAUUUGAAUGAAAAACAAUUGUUUUUUUUCUCCUUUUUUUGUGUUGUAAAAUAAUUUAUUUCAGUUUGUCUGUCGCUACUAAUAUUUUUACUCCUUACUGUUUCUCAGAUGUGGUUAUUAUGUGGUGGCAAACGUUUGUCCCAUUUCACAGUUCUAGGUAAGUGUACAUGUGGAUCUGACUGAGCAGUAUGAUGAAGAUACUUUUCUGCCUUAUCGAGCAGUAAAUUACACUAAAUAAAACCAGCCCGCUCCCCUCACGGUUUUCUUUUUCUUUUCUUCUGAUUUCUCCAACGUUAGUGGCUUUAGCUGGUUCUUUUUUCGUUGCUAACAUACUUUUAUUUGUCUCUUAAUUUUUUACAGCCGUAUAUAUAACAAAAGCCUUUUGUUUCCUUUGGUUAAUCAAAGCCUAAACUUCACAGCCUCUGGAUGGCUCGUUCGCACCUUCCACAUGUUCCACAUUUCUGUCAUUAUCAGGUCAAUAAAAUUGUGAAAUUAAUUCAGCAGUUGUUUAUGUGAGUGUGUCCUUGUUGAAUCAUUUAGAUAAAAGGCUUUCUGCGCACCCCUCUGACUGA